UUAACCAGCAGGCGUAGGUCAAAGUUGCUUCUGCCUUCCUGAUCCCAAGGGUUGAGCUAACCCGGCGGAAACUCAUCCAUAAAAGCUGAGCUCUGAGCUCAAGCCCCGAGGACACGCCUCGGUGAACACAGGCAGCAAGAUGUGGAUAACGCUGCUGCUGCUGGCGGUGCUGCUGCUGGCGGUGCUCCGCAGAGUUUACGUGGAGCUCUUCGCAGGAAGCUCCCCGAACCCCUUCUUUGAAGAUGUCAAGCGACCACCUGCGCCCCUGGUGACGGAUCAGGAGGCCAGGAAAAAGGUUCUCAAACAAGCUUUUUCAGUCAGCUGCGUACCAGAGAAGCUGGAUGCUGUGGUGAUUGGUAGUGGCAUCGGAGGCCUGGCUGCAGCUGUGAUUCUGUCUAAAGCUGGCAAGAGAGUCCUGGUGUUGGAACAACAUACCAAGGCAGGAGGCUGUUGUCAUACCUUUGGAAAAAAUGGCCUUGAAUUUGACACUGGAAUCCAUUAUGUUGGACGCAUGCAGGAGGGCAACAUUAGCCGUUUUAUCUUGGACCAGAUCACUGAAGGGCAGCUGGAAUGGGCUCCCAUGGCCUCCCCUUUUGACCUGAUGAUACUAGAGGGACCCAGUGGCCGAAAGGAGUUCCCCAUGUACAGUGGGAGGAAAGCAUACAUUCAAGGCCUUAAGGAGAAGUUUCCUAAAGAAGCAGCAGUCAUUGACAAGUAUAUGCAGCUGGUUAAGGUGGUAGCCAGAGGAGCCUCUCAUGCCAUUCUGCUGAAGUUCCUCCCAUUGCCCCUGGCUCGGCUCCUCAGCAAGAGUGGGCUGCUGACUCGUUUCUCUCCAUUCUUGCGUGCAUCCAUCCAAAGCCUGUCUGAAGUCCUCCGGCAGCUGGGGGCCUCCUCUGAGCUCCAGGCUGUGCUCAGCUACAUCUUCCCCACCUACGGUGUGACCCCCAGCCACACCACCUUCGCCAUGCAUGCUUUGCUGGUUGACCACUACAUACAGGGGGCAUAUUAUCCCCGAGGGGGUGCUAGUGAGAUCGCCUUCCACACCAUUCCUGUGAUUCAGCGGGCUGGGGGGGCUGUACUCACCAGGGCCCCUGUGCACAGUGUGUUGCUGGACUCGGCUGGGAAAGCGUGUGGUGUCAGUGUGAAGAAGGGACAAGAACUGGUGAACAUCUAUUGCCCCAUUGUCAUCUCCAGUGCAGGAGUGUUCAAUACCUACCAGCGCUUACUGCCAGAGAGUGCCCGCUGUCUGCCAGGUGUACAGCAGCAGCUGAGUAUGGUGCGGCCUGGCAUGGGAGUGCUGUUGGUGUUCAUCUGCCUUCAAGGCACCAAGGAGGACCUACAGCUGCAGUCCACCAAUUACUAUGUUUAUUUUGACACGGACAUGGACAAAGCGAUGGAGCGCUAUGUCUCCAUGCCUAAGGCAAAGGCUGCACAACACAUUCCUCUUCUCUUCAUCUCCUCCUCAUCAACCAAGGACCCGGCCUGGGAGGAACGAUUCCCAGAUCGCUCCACAAUGACUGUGCUGGUGCCCACGGCCUUUGAGUGGUUUGAAGAGUGGGAGGAGAAGCCAAAGGGCAAGCGGGGUGUUGACUAUGAGACCCUCAAAAACACCUUCGUGGAAGCAUCUAUGGCAGUGGUCAUGAAACUGUUCCCACAGCUGGAGGGCAAGGUGGAGAGUGUGACCGGAGGAUCCCCACUGACCAACCAGCACUAUCUGGCUGCUCCCCGAGGUGCCAGCUAUGGGGCUGACCAUGACUUGAAUCGCCUCCAUCCUCAUGCAAUGGCCUCCAUCAGGGCCCAAACUCCUAUCCCCAACCUCUACCUGACAGGCCAAGAUAUCUUCACCUGUGGGCUGAUGGGGGCCAUGCAAGGGGCUCUGCUGUGCAGCAGUGCCAUCCUGAAGCGAAACUUGUACUCAGACCUGAAGGCUCUUGGCUCAAAGAUCCAGGAACAGAAGAAGCAAAAAUAGUCUGUCCAGGGAUGAGUCAGAGGAAUUGCAACUUCCCUUAAGGCCUCCUCUUGCAGUAGUUCCUUGUACAAAUAAACCAGUUUUUUGAGAUCUAUAUAAAUCAGA